CGUUCGAGCUCAUUUGCCCAAGCCAGACUAGCCAAGAUCUACAAUUCUUUCUCCAUGCAGAAUCUUCAUCUUGAAAUAAGGUAACGACAAUGGAAAUUCUGGUAUCCUGAAGAAUCCAAGCCAUUCAAUCACACUGAGAAUAUUGUAACAUUAUAAAUCCGUCUCUGCAUUUGAAAUCAAAAAAAAUGUUUCGUUUAUUCGCUAGGACAUUAGACAUUGCACGUACUAUUGUGCACUAUCUCAUGUAUGCUAUACUGGGCCUUAUGAUGUCAAUACCUGGCCCCACAUUACUUGAUUUGAAACAAUUAAGUGGAACAGACUCCUAUGGCAUCUCCUUCAUAUUCACAGCACGAUCAACAGGUUACCUCAUUGGAUCAGUUACGGGUGGAAUUAUACUGGAUUGUAUGAAAAAUGAAGACAUAGCUCUAAUGGUUAGUAGUCUCUUUGUUGCAAUCGGAGCAUUCACAAUACCGUGGUGUAGGAACCUUACGAUCCUCCUUGCCACUUUUAUGAUCACUGGUUUCGCGAUGGGAUUUAGUAAUACUGGAAGUAAUGGAAGCCUUCUUCGAAUUUGGGGUAAAAAAGGCGCACCGUUCCUACAAGGUCUCCAUUUCACUUAUGGUAUUGGUGGAUUCUUCGCUCCUCUCCUAGCCGCUCCCUUUUUAUCUGCACACGUGCCAACUAUUCCAAGAGAUCUCACUUUACUAGGAGUCACACAAAAUCUCACCACCGAAGUAAUAGCAGCUGCAGUCAACUUCACUGAAGAGAAGAUGGUUACUGUCAAUGAAACUUCGAUCCCAAGCAUAACUUACGCAUAUACAAUCGUUGGCGUGCUCGCAACAUUAGUUUGUGGAUGUUUCGUAUUGGUUUUCAGUUUGGCAUCGAAUGAAAAGAGCAACACUGAAGAAGAUAAACAAGAAAACAUUCGUGAUCCGGGAUUACCUUUCACAAUAGUCGUUGUAAUUCUCGCUUGCUUACAAACUGGUCUUAUUUCAGGCGUCGAAGUUAGUUUUGCUCAGAUGCUCACAUCGUAUGUUGUACAUAGCGAGCAUGGCUUAACUAAAGUUGUGGGUUCAUAUAUGACAUCUGUUUACUGGGGAGCUUUCACUCUUACAAGAGGUUUGUCCAUCUUCCUGGCUUGCAAAAUCAGUGUUCGAAAAAUUCUAGCUUUUGAUCUCCUACUUUCAGUUGCCUCAGCUUUAGUAUUAUUAACAAUUGGCACCUGGUCAGUUACAGGUUUAUGGGUCGGUACGGCUAUGUUAGGUGUUGGUGUUGCUUCAAUUUUCCCGGCCACUUUAUCUUGGGUUGAAAAAUACAUCAAUAUCAAUAACAGAAUUGCUUCAGUAUUUACUCUCGUUUCAAGUAUCUUAGAAAUGACUGUUCCGCUGUCAAUCAGCAUCUAUCUUGGCACUCAACCCAAUGUUUUAUUUCAUUUCAUGACAUCAGCUACCAUUUCAGCAAUGGUACUUUUCAUUAUUUUGAAUGUCAUUCUAAAACGGAAGGGUAAAAAAUAUAUAGCACCAGCUGUUGAAAAAUCAGAUGAGAAAUUAAAAUCUGGUGAGGUUUAAUUUUAGGGACCUUAGGAGUAGUUAAUAUCUGGUAUCGGACUUUUGGACUUUUAAAAUUCAUCGUUAGUCAGAAAGGUAUUAUUCAUAUCAUUUUUUUUUUAUUUUCAAUCAGCUGAGCCUCUUGGACUUCGCUCAGAAUCUUAUAUGUAUAUAUAUAUAUAUAUAUAUAUGUCGUGCAUUGGUAUUACUCCCGUAAACACAUUUUAGCACAGGUCACAAUAACGGGCCUUCCAUUUACUUGUGAUAAUUUUUAGAGAAUGUAUGCAUGCAUGAAAGUAUCCGAAUAAAUAUUUUUAUCUAUA